GUUGGCCUAUUUAAAGAAGAUACAGAGCUGCUAUUCUACCCACAAUACAAGCUCACCAGAGAUUGAUCUGUUUCUUGGCAGAAAGUUUGGAAUAUCUCAGGUUAUUUUUCUUGUUCAGAAGAUUUUGAAUAGCUAAGAUGAAGUACAUUCAAGUAGUUAUGCUGGUAAUGGCUGCAACAUUACUGGGUAGCAGUGCGUUUUUUCCAAGGGCAGAAGGUGGGAUGUUUGAUGUGUGUAACAUGGGUAUUGACAAGCUCAUGUUAUGCCAGCCUGCUGUGACAAAACCACCUUCAGACCCUACUUCACAGUGUUGUGAUGUUGUAAAAACUGCUGAUCUUAAGUGCUUGUGUUCAAAACAAUCUAUGUUGCCCAAAAGUGUUGAUCCCAAGCUUGUUACAACUUUGCCUCAGAAAUGCAAAGUAUACAAUGUUCCUGCUGAAUGCAAAGCUCUGCCAGGCCGUUCACUGUGAAAAGUCCACUGGGUUUUUCUCUGUUUGGAGCUUUGAGUUUUUUCUUUUCUGAGCAGUUGUGUGAUUACUUCUUGUAAUCUGAAGCUUGUAGGUUUACUAUAGCUUGUAAUGCAGAGGACUUGUCAAUAAGUUCUUCUUGCUUUUGUAAGGUGUGAAAUAAGAAUAAUCAUGCUUGUUUAAA